AACCGCUUCGAUCGAGCCAUCAAACAGAUUUCAAAAACAAUCAUCAGUGCAUCACCCGAUGUAACGUUUCCACCGCCCCAUCUUCUCGUUCGUCUUCGCAACGAGGAAAAGGACACCGAUCCGGUCGAUUCUAACAAUGACACGGCACUAUCACUCAACGAGAGGGAUCUGCGGCGAUCAUAUGCUGUAGACGACGUUGACUUCCUCACCGGCUACGGAUCUGGUCGGUUCUCGAGCUGGGGCGCACACAUAUACGCCGCCAAUCGGAAAAGUCGGUUUUCGACGGUCGCUAGCCGAAACUCCCAUAUCUCGGUGGACUCUCGGGCGGGCUUGGGAUGCCUGCAAACAAACAACAAUAGCAUCGUCGGAGUCCUUAGACACCAGAGCAUCAGUUUCGCAUAUUCGUAUCAUUUGCCCACCUAUGACAACCACCAUGUCAUACCCUGUCGGCCUCCAGAAAUUGUUACUAUCGAGUACUAUCAGAAGGCCACGAGCAGUGCGCACCAAGACAGGACGUUGGGACAGUUCGUCGAGCUGCUCGCGAAGAAGGCAACUGGAACAUGCCCUGAUGGCGCCAUGUGCGGAGGAAAGACGAUGGGACAGCACGUCAUCACGUAUACGCACAACACCGGUCGCAUCAGUGUGACGUCCCAAGAGGCGAAGCUGGUCCUCAGGGAUCACCAUGAGCACGACAAUGAUGAGAAUGAGGUAGCCACGCAAGCAGCCGGCAAAAACAAUCGAAUCUAUAUGUGGACUGCGUGCAUCGCAUGCAACGCUGCAACUCACAUUAUACCCAUGUCUCUCGCAAGCUGGAACUAUUCGCUCGCAAAGUAUCUCGAACUUCUUUACUACAACCCGUAUUUCAUCCCGACAUUGUUAUGCGAUCAUGUGGCUGGUGAGCGGGGUCGGGAGGUGUUGCGCAGAUGCUUCCGGUACCGAGACAGGAUCGUUAUCUUCGGUUAUGAUCAGAUUGAUCUUUUCGAAAUGCGAUUGCCGAAAAUCCAGAUCAGCCCAGACCAUCAUAUUGAAGAAGCAGUGGCGGCGGCGGCGAAAACAAAUAAACUGCUGGGCUCUGCUACAAACCCGGAGUCUCACCUAUUGGAUACUCCAGCCACUGAAUCUCCGCGAGACACGCAAGACGGUGACUCGUCCUCCAACACAGACAACACGACCGAAAGCGAUUCCGACAAACUGCAAGAUGCCACAGGGUACGCUAACCUCGUUACCCGCAACCAGGGCACGCCCGAUCAAGUCCGAUGCCAGCUGAUGCUUGACGAGAUGUGGCGGAGAUACAAAGCCGACGAAGAGGCGCUGUUUGACAGUAUCGUGCCCUGCGUCGACAAGAUGCACAAAGUGAAUGACGUCCGCAAGCGCUUCCUUGACAAAAUCGACGAGGUCAUCAAGGAGAUCGGGGAGUGGACCGCCGAACGAGGGGUUGUCGACCCACCGUUGCCGACGCCAGACUGGCAGGUCCCCGAGUACUGCAAAGCGCUGCCGAACGUGCCCGCCAAAGUCCACGUAUACCCCAACUCCUUCGUGCUCGUACGAGAAGACGAACCAACCUCUAUCAUCGCAUUCACACUCAGUUCCAAAGACUACAUCCGGGAAGCACGGCGCCGCCCGCCGCCUCGGUUAGCUGAUGAACCGAACGAUCCGUCUACCACCACUACGACGGCUUUGCCUACCACCCCCGGCGCGGAGUUGCAUAACUAUCUAACCCCGCAACCAUCCCCGUCCCAAAAAAGUCUUUCACAUCACCUCGAUCUUCAUUUGACUUCUCGCAUCACAGAAUUUCGCUCCAAAACCCAUCACACCUCCCUUACAUCCUACUACUACCACCGCUUCUCCUCUCUCCGGCGGAAAUGCUCAAUCUCCUCUUCCUAUAUCACCUCCCUCUCGCGCUGUUCGGCAUGGGAGUCGGUCUCCGGCGGCAAAUCGCGGGCGGCUUUCUUCAAGACGCUGGAUGAAACGCUAGUGAUCAAGGAGCUUACGGGUGGCAAGUGGAGCUGGGGAAACGUCGAGAAGGGCCAGUUGUUGAAAUUCGCACCCAAGUAUUUGGAGUACAUGGAGAGGAGCGACAAGAACCCAACGGUCCUCGUCAAAAUCUUUGGGUUCUAUACCAUCAAACGCAAAAACGUCGUAACGGGAGCAGUCAACCGACUAGAUGUCCUGGUAAUGGAGCACUUAUUCGCCAACGUCAACAUUUCCCGCAAGUUCGACCUAAAAGGCAUCCCCGACCGUCACAUCGCCACCAAACACCGCACCACCUCCACAUCGAACCUGGCCCUCCCCGACGAACAAAGCAGCACCUCCUCCAGCUCCACCACUACCUCCACCCUCGUCCCGCUCUCCCCAACCCCUCCCACACCUUCCUCCGACGUCGCGGUCCUAUGGGACGGCGAAUGGGUGUCGGGUCGAUACACCCAGCAUAUCCGUCUCCACGGCCACAGCAAGCAGAUCCUGACCGCGUGCAUCGCCUCCGACACCGCGUUCCUCGCCUCGGCGAAUAUCAUGGACUACUCACUCCUUGUCGGCGUGAAUGACGCGCGGAAGGAGCUGGUUGUGGGCAUUGUGGACUUUGUCGGAAGUUAUACGUGGUAUAAGAGUAUUGAGAGCAAGGCUAAGACGACGAUAAGUGGGGUUUUGGCGAUGCGUGGGUCGCCGGUGGAGAGGCAGGAUGGGAGCCCGGUGGGGGAGUUGCCGGCUGUGACGAUUUUGCCGCCGGAUCUGUAUGCGGAGCGGUUUAGGAGGGCUAUGGAGCAGAACUUUUUGAUGGUCCCU